AGCAAAUAUGAUGUGUUAUUCAGUUAGUGUGAUGGUGUAGUUUUUGUUACUUUUGACAUGGAAAAAUAUAAGAUCUUUGCGUGUCUCGUGAUACUGUUCUUCCAUGUCAGAGAAUCAUUGUCAAGAAACCUUAAAGAUGAAGAAACCAAUAAUUCGCCAAGAAUAAGAAGACACCUAGAAGAAUGGAAUAGUAAAGAAUGUGUUUGUUUUCCUAAAACAAAAGCAGGACCAUCAGUAUCAGAAUACUUUCCAUCUUAUGACACACAGGAACGACUAAUUGUUUACUUAUAUAGGAACACACAGACUAACGAGUUAACAGCUUACAUACCAAGUUGGAAAAAACAGAAUCUUUUUCCAGAUUUGACAUUUGAUUUGGGUGAUGAACUUAAAUCAGUUACCUCUGAAAGAAUAGUUGAUUUAUUUGACAAUGCACAUUUUACAGCAGGUGAUGAUCUGAUCCCAAUAUUUCCAAAUACAGAACAUGCAAUUACAAUGAAAGUAGAAAGUGAGCCUUCAUUUAAUAUUGGAGAAUAUAAUGGGAUUUCAACCGAUAACGUUGACACUAUAGUGAAAUCUCCAAAAGAAUUAACUAUACCUACUGAUGCUAAUAAAAUAUUAGAUGGUGUUAAACCAAAUUUUAAUAUAAAUACUUUAGUGUACUCUCCUUCCGAAGAAUUGACUAUACCUCAUGAUGGUUAUAAUAUAUACAGUGACCUUAAACCAAAUUUUAAUAUUUACACCUUAGCAAAUUCUCCUUCCGAAGAAUUGAUUAUUCCUCCUGAUGGUAAUAAUAUAUAUAAUGGCGUUAAACCAGGUUUUGAUUUAAAUACUUUAGUGGAAUCCCCUCCGGGAGAAACGACUAUACAUGAUGGUAAUAAUAUACCAAUUGGCGUUAAACCAAAUUUUUAUCAUAAAAGUUUCUGGCAAUAUCUUCCAGAAAGAUUAACUAUGCCACCUUAUAUUAAUAUGCCGACUAACGGUAAACAAAAUAUUAAUCUAAACUCCUUAUCAGAAUUUUCUCCAGGAGAACUGGAUGUACCAGAAGGCUAUAAUAUACAAGAUAGCAAUAAACCACAAAGUUCUAAUCGAUUUUAUUUCGCGGAUAUACCUUCGCAUGAAUCAAUGCCACCAGAUACUAUGUAUAAAAUAACGAGUGAUAAACCAUUUUUUAACUUAAAUGCUUUAUCAGAAUCUUCUCCGGAUGAAUUGACUAUACCAGAUGGUGACUCAAUAACUGUAAAUGAUGAAAGACGGAAAUAUUUGUACAUAAACUCUCCUGUGAAGCCAUUACCAGUGGAGAAAAUUAUACUUCAAAACCAAAAUAUUAUUACCACUCCCAAAUCACAUGCGAUCUUUAACGAACAAAAUAAAGAUGUGCCGGAUAUUGAUGGUAUAUAUGAACAUAUUCUUUCUGCGGUGAAAGUUGAUGAACUAACUCCUAUUCCACUACUCAACCAGACUAACUUGAACUUCAAAUUUGAUAUACCAAAUCGGACUUCACCAGAUACACUUAUUGCAAAUAAAGCAAAUAUGAAAAUAAAUGCAGAACCUGGUUUUCAAAGACGAGUCAAGUAUUUACCUGGAUACAUAGGAGUAUUUUCACCUCCAAAAUCUGACAAUGCUAUAAUUCCUAGCUGGAUUGAAAUGAAUGAUCAGAGUAGGCCUACAGACUUAAUGAAUUUUGGAUUCUUACCAAGCACAUAUACAAAUCCAACGUUUAACAGUUGGUUUAGUGAGCAAAUGAAAACCAUACGCUUAAACAGACCUUCUAUAUCUAACGCGAUAAAUCUGAAUUCAUUUAGAGUACUUUUAAUAAAGGCUUUAUAUGAUAAUGGUAUUAACAUCUCCAAAGAUGGUCGCAUGUAUGAUUCUAAAGGAAAUCUUUUAAAAAUGUCACAUCUUCAACUACGUCCCAUCUUAUUAGGUGAUCCUAUGGAUUAUGAGAAGUUAAUAGCCUCUGGUAAAUGUGUAAUACCAUACAAUAUACCAUAUUUAGAAGCUGUUCUUGUGAUUUUAGUUUAUCCACCAAGAAUUUUAGCCAUAAUACCUUUGGACUUUAAAAAUGCUUUAGAUAAUCAGCCAAAGGGGAGUUUACUCUCCUCUCGUUCUGUGACGCCAGAAGACCCAGAGAAUGAAGACAAUCUUUAUGAUCAGAAUCACGACUUUCUAAAUUUAUCUGAAAAUGAAACUAAUGAACCCAUAAAUGAGUAUGUAUCGAUAGAUUCAUAUAGUGUACCAUUACAGAAUGAUUAUUAUUACAAAUCUGCUGCGACUGAUCAAACUAUGGAUCAGAGAAUGGAAGAUAGACCACAAACAACAAAUCGGAGAACCUUUAUUAAUGUACCAACUGAAACGAUAUCUGUAGAAACAGUAUCAGAACCAAAACUUGCACCAAAUAACCAGGAAAUCUAUGAACCAAACAUAACAUUUCUAGACGAAAAGAACGAUAUUGAAGAAAAUAAAUUACCUGAGCACGGAGAUCAACAGGAUCAAAAGCCUGACGAUGAAGAUGAUACGUUAUUUAUCAGAAUUGUUGGUGGUAACCCAGCUACCAGUAGUGGUACACCAGUGAGCAGUAGAGGCAGAUAAAAUACAUAACAGCGCCCUCUAUGACGAACUGCAUGAACUAUUAAGUUUUGCAACAGAUUCUGGAAAACUGCCAUCUAUACAACGGUAGAAGAACUACGACGCGUAUGCGUCUUGUGAUAAUAAUUGGAACUUCUACAACAUGUCACGGCUGAAGAUCAACAAGUUUCCAGAUUCACUUGAAAGAUGGCAGUGUAUUUUAUUUUUUUUAAUAAAAGUGUAAUCGGUGUUUUAAA